AGUCGUGCUGUACGGCGCUUAUUCAAUGCGCUCCGCAAUUAAUAAAAUAAAAUAAUUGUUAAUUAUAAAAAUGAAUAUUUUAAAAACUGAUGUGACAUGUGUUUAACGUGAGAAGAUUUCUAAUUGGCAUUUAGAAACGAAUAAUUGAUGGUUUUGGUUAUUUUUGAAGCGAAAAAUAUAAAAAUGAGUGAUAACGUGAGUUUUAAAGAUAUUAUGGAGCCGAGGAGGACCGAGAGUGGGAUAUUCAGGUUUAUGUCGCGGGCCUGGUAUCCUCAGAGGACCCUGGUGAUGGACAAGUACCUGAGCCCUCAGGAUCUGAAGGAUGCGGCCGCCAGUUCUGUCUUCUUGGAAACUGUGAUUGAGGCGGAAAGCCUGGGAAUGGGUGUUCCAAAAGAGAAGUUAAAAGAAGAAGUAGUCCAAUACCUGGAAGAGAUGGGGCUGGAGAAGAAGCUGCAUGUGAUCCGCUGGAUGGGGAUAGUGUUCCUCAAGAUCGCCUUCAUGAUGAAGAUCGGGAUCUAUGUCAAUGAACCUUCAGUAUUAAAGCUCAAAGAGGUGAUGGGAUCAAACCCGGUGCUCUUCCUGCCGACACACCGCAGCUACGCAGACUUCUGCGUGAUGACAUACCUGUGCUACCACUAUGAUAUCGACUUCCCCGCCGUCGCUGCAGGAAUGGACUUCUACUCCAUGGCGGUGGUGGGGCGGCGCAUGCGCGAGACGUGCGCGUUCUACAUCCGCCGCACGCUGGUGGGGGCUCCCCUCUACGCCGCCACGCUUAAGCAAUACGUGCGGACGUUGGUGGCGAAACACUGCUCACCCAUCGAGUUCUUCCUCGAAGGGACGAGGAGCAGGAGCAAUAAAAGCUUGCCUCCUAAAUAUGGUAUGCUGUCAAUGAGCCUGGUGCCAUGGUUUGCUCGGGAAGUAAGCGACAUCACAAUCGUCCCCAUCAACAUCAGUUACGACCGCCUCAUGGAGCACGGACUGUUCGCCUACGAGCAUCUGGGCGUGCCGAAACCUAAAGAAUCGACCGGGGGUCUUCUGAAGUCCCUCCACCGCCUGAACGACCACUUCGGCAACAUCUACAUCAACCUUGGCGCCCCCCUCUCCGUCCGAGAGUUCCUCAACGCCCCCACAGAAAGCACCGAGCGCCUCAAACCUGUAGACUUACAGCAACUAACUCCCGCACAAUUCGAAAAUGUCCAAGACUUGGCCAAUUAUGUGAUAACAUUACAGCAGAAAAAUACUGUAGUGACUAUAUCGAACUUACUAGCUUUAGUACUAAUGCAGAGCUUAAUGAAAAGCGAGGUAUUAAGUAUCUCACAAGUUUUAAUAGAAGUUGAAUGGAUGGUAGGAGUGCUAAGGCAACUAGGCGCGUCGGUAUUUGAGAAUGAUGUUAAGAGUAGCGUGGAAAGAGUACUGGUGGUUCAUAGAAGCAUGAUGAGAGUGGACCAGCAUAGUAGACUCAGGCUGGUGUCUAGUGAAAUUAUGGAGGUAUCGGCGGAUGUGCAGAAGAAAAUGAAAGGCCACAUAAUAAAAGCGGAGACGAUGGUGAACGCCGUGCCCAUAAUCCAGCUCCAACUGUACGUGAACCCUGUCCUACACUACCUCGUGCCGCCUGCCGUACUGUGCGUCAUAGUUGCUAGGGGACCGACUAGUAGAGAGCAGUUGGUGGCAGACUACAACCGCAUCAGAACGAUGCUUAGACACGAAUUCUUCCACCUCGAGAAGACUGAAGGCGCGACAUUCUCGCAAGCUCUAGAAUACUGCCUGCAAAAUGGAGUACUAGCGACAGAAGACAACCUUACCUUCACACCAGGCUCGGACGCAAAAUUGUCGUAUUUGCUCAAAUGGGCUAUUUGGCCUGCCCUCUCCACACUGCUCAUCUGUGCUGAUGUCAUGGCACAGCAAACGAGCUGUACACACAAGCAGGCGCUGACACUGGUGCAGGCGGCGGCGGAGGCGGGGCGGCGGCACCCCUACUGCCUCAGCCUCGACGCCGGCGCCUGCUGCUGCGGCGGCCUGCUGCUGGCCGGGGCCUUAGUGCGGGACAAGAGUGCCACGGAACAAACCUACACCGUGUCACCAGCCGUAUUGUCCGAAUGCCGCCGCCUCGUCAGCUCCGUACUGCCCGAGUUCGAGGUCGACUUCACCGCCACCAACCCCGUCAUCUUGGACCAGAAACUCGCAGCUAGACUAUAGAUUGACUUCAUAGUUCAGUCAUUAUAGAUUUUGACCCGUGAAUAAUUAGUUCUUGGAAUUUUUUUCGUAGGUCCAUCGGGGGGGUCACUGGGAGUGUAAUUCUAAAGUAAAUUCAUAAAGUAGACUGAAUCAGGCUCCUGCGUAUAUUCGAAAAACGGUUUUUCUUGAAUAACUCGGCCAUUUUUGAUUUUACAGUAAAACCGUGUGGACAAAAAUGUUAGGAAAUUUGAUUCUCUACAAGUUUGGUCCUCACAAUUUUUCUUCUAGUUUCGAUAUUUUGGAAAUUCAAUUUGAAAAAAGCGACAAACUCAAAACAUUUUCAUCACCUCGUUUAUUUUCAACUUUACGGCAUAAAUGAAGAGGACUAAACUUGUAGAGAAUCAAAUUUUGAAUUUGUCGCUUUUUUUUUAAUUUAAUUUAAUAAUUUAAUUUCCAUUUUCAUUUAAUUAUUCAUGGCUAGGAUCGGUUUUUUGGAUAUAAUGACUGAACUAUAAAUAAAUAAAAUAAAUAAAUAAAUCAAAUGGGAGUAACUUGCCAAAGACAGAGUCAAGUGGCGCAAACUAGUAUAUGACGGGCGUAAAAUUCACGACGACGCUUGGUUUAAGGCACUCGCAAGUAAGCGAGCCAAGCGUCAUUAGCCCGACACCUGCUCGCCACGGGCACAUUACACCUGCCAGGCUUGUGGUCGUGUUUGCCGCUCCCGUAUUGGCUUACACAGCCACGAAAAACGUUGUCUCCCUACACACUGCUGGUGUAGUCUGUAAUAGACUCGAAGGCCAAUGACAAUAGGUCGGUGGCAAACUACAGUUCGCCUUGUAAGUGGUUACCUCCUUCGUUGAAGAACUGUUAUACAUAUGUACAGUCAGCAGCAGAAGUUGCUAUGCGGGCGACGUGUUCAAAAUUACCUUGACACGCUCUGAUUCCGUAAUAAUAACGUCGCGUCAAGAUCAUUUUGAACACCUGGCCCGCUUAGCAACUUUUGCUGCUGACUGUACUAUCUGUUGUAAGGGGUCGUCCAUUAGUUACAUCCCACAAAAUUUCGAUUUUUUAGACCCCCUCCCCCCUUGUCACACUUAUUCAUCUCCCCCUGUUGCUGUGACGUAAUAUGUGGAUGAACCCUAAGCGUGUUUGCUUGUCCUGAGUACAAGUCAACUAAUAGACAUGAAGUGAUAGUAAUGUAAACCUUUCGUAUAUGUCUGAUUGGCCUAAAAUCGUAGGUUCACACCUCGAUCGUGUCAUAUAGAUUAGAAAAUACCUUUCUCGAAAGAUUAAAUAACCGAAAAAUUAGGUCAAAUUCCUUAUAAAAUAUAGACGAAAGAUUAAACAACCACAAUGCAUGCAAAUGUAUGAUGCCAUAACUGAGCUACAUAUAUAGUGCAGUGUAGCGGUAUAAACAUUAAGGGCCACUUGCACCAUCCCACUAACCCGGGGUUAAGCGGUUAAACCGUUAACAUUGUACUGGUACAUAUUAACUCACAUUGUAGACGGAUCUAACGCGAAUUUUAUUCAAUUACCUAGCUGGGACAUCAGUCAGCGGCCACCACGACCAGUGAAACCUAUGUCGAAACGUCGGUAAAUCAAGGUAAUUGAAUAAAAUUCGCGUUAGACCUGUCUACAAUGUGAGUUAAUAUGUGUUCAAAACGCGAAAGUUUAAAAUAUUAUAUUGUACUGGUAACUAUGGUAAGUCCAGGUUUAACCAGUUAACCCGGGGUUAGUGGAAUGGUGCAAGUGGCGGUAAGUACCAUUUAUUAUUAGACCUAUUAUAUGUGGGCGGUAAUUGCUAGGGUUUUAUUUAUUCAUAGGAAAAAAGUACAAGAAUUCAGUUAAUGAAACAAUUCAUUCCUCAAUGUAAGAGCAUUGAAAAAACUGCUCACAAUUUUGAUACCAGUAAAAUCUACUUUGGGGGCAAAAUGGGCCCAUAAUAGUAAUGACUCUAUAAGUGCGACCACACCGCUGCUCAAAAUACGCUGACGGUGCGGAAUCGCUUUGACAUGCCGUGAACUUUAAAAUUUUACUAGGAGGGCAUGCGAUAAAAUCGUGACAUUUACGACGCGUCCCUGCGAUCUCGGCACCGUUGGCGUGUUUUAUAGUUCGUUUUUUUAGCAUUAGAAAUAAGGUAAACAAUGCGUGAUGCGUCUUUUAAUUGAAAAAACACAUUUUAAAAAUAAUUUACGGCAAAUAUGUAACAAUUAUGAAUCUAAUACGAUCAUUUAUAUUCUACUUUCAUAAGUAAUAGUUAUUGAUUUUUAAAAAGCGUUUUUCAAUUAAAAGACAUGUCAAGAUCGCUUACCUUCUUUGAAGUUCUUUCUAAUGCCAAAUGCUAAAAAAAAAUCUAAUGCUAUAAGCAGUGGUGUGGUGACCAAUGUGACCAUGCGAUAAAAACGGUACUGUAAAACCUCCCAAAAUUAAGUAUCAAUACCAAUGCUCCUUUUGGUUUAUUCCGAGUUUUCUCUUCCAUUUAUAAACAUACCUUGCCUUAGAACUAGGUACAAAAAAUACAGUAAAAACACACCUGAACCAAAAAAAAACCGUUAAUUAUAAUAAUUAUGGACCAUAGUUGGGAGCAAAGAGUAAAGUAAGUAUAUAGCUUUGGACUAUAAUUGGGAGGUUUUAUGAUACGACGGUGCCUCACUGCGAUUCCGUCCCGUCACCGUUUUUAAGCAGCGGUGUGGUCCACCUUAAUUUUCGGGAAAAGAGACAAUUUUUUUUUUGUGUAUGACCCAGUGCGCAUUUUUAUAAAUGCUUUUUGUAGAGUAUAGAGGUAACUAUUGUUUUUUUUCUGAUGUAAAGUGAGAAAUAUUCGCUCCAAAGUUAAGGCUUGUAACGAAAAUAUUGGUGAUAUUUUUUAAGUAAUAGCUUUAAACGUCAUUAUAAAAGUUGCCGUAUUAGGUAUAUUUAUGGACAAAGUAUUGUGAAUUAUUUGUGAUGUACCUACCUAGUUAUUAUUAGUAUGUACAAGUUUUAUAUUUAACUAACAGGGCGACUCAUCAAACUUUACGUGAAUAACUUAUAGUGCGCGCCCUCGAUAAUUAUCUACAAUUUCUUUUCGGACUACAUAUAGACCAGUCAAAUCUUACAAAAAAAUCUCCUAAAAAAACAAUGCGUGAUGUAGUUCUGUAUUUUUUAUAUAAUGUUUGGAGUCCUUGGAGGAAUGUGAGACUAUGUUUUGCAAGCAAAAAAAAGCUGUGCUCUCUGUGUAAUUUGCGAAAAACUGCAAAAAUUUCAGACUUUUUUCAGAAUUUACAGAUUUAUUGUAAAACUAUGGGUUUUUGUUCAAAACUUGCUAUGUAAUGUUGAAAGUAUAUUAAAUUUGGAACAAUUUAGGCCUAUAAACAGCGCCGUAUGUGAAAUAGUUCUUGAAAUAUGGGACUUUAAAAAAAGGGUAUUUUUUUCCUUGGAAUGAAAUUACAAGUUUUUCCUAUAUUUUAAGACAAAUAUCGGCACAACCGCUCAUGCUAUGAUAUAUAUUGCAAUGAAUAAAGUUAUAGCAAAUUUAAUUACCUUUCAUUUAAGUGCUAGAAAAAGUCAGUAAGUCUUACAGUACUGAAGUUAUCGUAAAAAAAUGAAAUUGCUAUAAUGGGGAAGGCAACUGAUGUAUUGUUUAAGGCAUUGUCAAAAUCCCUUCAAAAGGCAGUACCAUCGUCGAGAACGCAAUAUACGAUUAUCUUUUACCGGUUUUCCCCGAUAGCAGUCGAGCGACGUCGGAGAUCAACCAUUUUUAAAAUUCACCCCUCUCUUAAGCACUUCAAUUCAGUAAUGAAAUCAAGACACAAUCUGUAGUUUGGCUUGUUUCUCGGCUCCAUUUUUUGCUUGUAGCCAUAGAUCCCACGAUGCCGAUUCCGAUUUAACAAUUUGUUAUGAUUUUGAACUUAUUUCAUACGACCGACCUUGACGGUAAUAAUUAUAGUUCACGGCAAUUGGCGUGGUGUUGGAUAAACACACUGAAAGUCAUGUCACUAGUAUCUAGCUCGCGCUCGCUUAUUGGUGCUCUUGAGUGAACUCUGAGUCGUGGUAAUACAAGAUCACGAUAAUAUCCUAACCGUAACAUAAUGAUUCAUCAGAAUCAGCUACCAUUACCUACUCUAGGUAAACGUUUAGUUAUAGGGCAUGUAUGUGACUCAGUCUUGUCAUGAAACCAGUAUAUCAAAACUUCUUCAAUGGUUUACCGAAUUUACACAAUAAAUUACAAAUUCAUUUCCAAUGGUUGUUAAGUCUGAAAUGAAUGUGGUGCUACUGCUCAGAGAGUUGUCAAUCCACGGGUUGUAACUAGCAAUACCUCUUUCACUAGUAGUAUUUAGUGUAUAAAAUAAAUGUAUUUAUAGUAAAAAAUAAAAAUAAUUGGAAAGUAAAUGGGUCAAUUUAUCAAUAGAAAACAAGUAAUUGUGUGGUUUUAUGAAACCACGAUACAAGUGAAACUUUUUUCGGAUUGUAGAUAUAGGCAUUUAACUAAAAAUAUUCGGAAAUUUAUCGGAUUUAGGGUGUUCAAAACGGGUUUUUUAAUCUUAACUUAAUUAAUAUUCUCUUUAAUUAUCUUAUAAAAGCUCGCCCAACGCCAAUCACGCCAGUUACUCAACAUGAUGCUGUAGUUCAUUAUUAAUAUCGCUUAUACGAGUCAAGGGCUAAAGAAACCGGUAUGUAAGCUUACCGAUAUGAAACAAAUGUAUGCGAUCCGCCCGGCUUGGCACAUCAUGUUAACACACACUUAUCUAUACUUUCCUACGUGUUUCGUUCAGUUCUUUUUCUAUAAACGAUUUGGUUUGUCAGUUUAUACACCUAUCUAGUAAAUACUAGUAGUAACAGGAUAUUGCCAGUUAAGACCCGUGGAUUAUAACACAAACGUAUACCUAGAGUGGGUAAUGGUAACUGAUUCUGAUGUAUCAAUUUGUUAUGGUUAGGAUUUUAUCGUGAUCUUGUAUUACCAUUACCACGACUCAGAGUACACUCAAGAGCACCAAUAAGCGAGCGCAAGCUAGAUACUAAUGACAUGACUUCCAGUAAUUUCAGUGUGUUUCACCAACACCACGCCGAUUACCGUGAACUAUUGUCAAGGUCGGUCAUAUUAAAACAAGUUCAAAACCAUAACAAAUUUUAAAAUCAGAAUUGGCAUCAUGAAAUCCACGGCUACAACCAAAAAGUGGGGCCCAGAAACAAGCCAAGCUACAGAUUGUGUCUUGAUUUCAUUACUGAAUGAAUGAAGUGCUUAAGAGGUGAGUGGCGUGAGUGCAUUUUAAAAAUGGUUGAUCUCCGACGUCGCUCGACUGCUAUCGGGGAAAACCGGUAAAAGAUAAUCGUAGAUUGCGUUCUCGACAAUGGUACUGCCUUUUGAAGGGAUUUUGACAAUGCCUUAAACAAUACAUCAGUUGCCUUCCCCAUUAUAGCAAUUUCAUUUUUUUACGAUAACUUCAGUACUGUAAGACUUACUGACAUUUUCUAGCACUUAAAUGAAAGGUAAUUAAAUUUGCUAUAACUUUAUUCAUUGCAAUAUAUAUCAUAGCAUGAGCGGUUGUGCCGAUAUUUGUCUUAAAAUAUAGGAAAAACUUGUAAUUUCAUUCCAAGGAAAAAAAUACCCUUUUUUAAAGCCCCAUAUCUCAAGAACUGUUUGACAUACGGCGCUGUUUGUGGGCUUAAAUUGUUCCAAAUUUAAUAUUCUUUCAACAUUACAUAGCAAGUUUUGACCAAAAACCCAUAGUUUUAUGAUGAAACUGUAAAAUCUGAAAAAAGUCCGAAAUUUUUGCAGUUUUUCGCAAAUUACGCAGAGAGCACAACUUUUUUUUGCUUGCAAAACAUAGUCUCACAUUCCUCUAAGGACUAUAAACAAUAUACAAAAAAUACAGAACUACAUCACGCAUUAUUUUUUAUUGUAAGAUUUGACCGGUGUAAUAUAUAUAUGUAAAUAUAUUUUCAAUAUUCUGAUUUAAAUAAUGAUAAUGACAAAUUUUUGAUCGCCCUGUAACGUGACAAUUGAAAAUUGAUAUUUUGUAGGAUUUAGUUUGUCCUACCACCUUUUGACCGCCACCGCGCGUACUAUUUAAAAUGUAUACUUGGUCAAGCAGAUCUUGUCAGUAGAAAAAGGCGGCAAAUUUGAAAAAUGUAGGCGCGAAGGGAUAUCGUCUCAUAGAAAAUUUGAAUUUCGCGCCUUUUUCUACUGACAAGAUUUGCUUGACCGUCUAUACCUUACUUCAUUUCAAUAAAGUUUACUAUACAGGGUUACUUUUUUACCAGUACAAUAAAUCAACAUACGUAAUUGUUGCCAAAAAUAAAAAAUACCAGCAUUCUUUGUUACUACUAUUUGGGAACAAAAAAUCAAAAAUACCAAUGCCCGAACUUAUCCGCUAAAGUACUAGAAAAUUUGGAUGCCUUACGCAUCAAUUAGCAAACGCACGAACUGGCAACUGUUUGUUUACGUCAUCGCGCGCGAUUUCAUACCGUUGACACCUUGUAAUUAGUGCAACCAGAAGUUACUAAAUUGGUGAAGGAUAAAUUAAUUGAUGCGAAAUAAAAAAAAAAAAUUUAUUUGUGCAAUGUGAUCUAUUAUUGAUACCAAUGAUGUGGUAAAAUUUAUUGUACCGGUAAAAAAGUAACCCUGUAUAUUGCGAUAAUUUAUAGGCACUGGAAAGGAAUUUAUUUUCAGUAUCAUUUCGUACCUUGUCAGUGACAAUUAGAGAUGCACCGAAUAUCCGGUUACAAUCGGGUAUCCGGCCUAUCCGGUCAUUAUUUUACCUGUGAAAUAUCAUUAGUGACCUACUAUCCGGCCGGAUACCGGAUAGUAACAUUGCUUGAUUCGGAGUAAACAAAUUGGAUUUAAGAAACAGACACAUUCAUUAUCGUUUACACUUGUUUAUUAUUUUAAAACAAUUUCAUCAUUCCACUGACCUGCACGCGCACUCAUUUCGAACCUAGAAAUGAGUCCGCGCGAACGUUUACUAGGAAACGGGUCAAACCUGCAGAAUGCGCACCUGAAAAACCGAAAUGUAUGUAUAGUUCCUCUGGGCGAAUAUUCGGCCAAACGACUAACCGUUGCAUCUCUAGUGACAAGGUACGAAAUGUUACUGAAAUUAAAUUCCGUGUGUACUAUAAUUAAGUUGUGGCGGUCAACAUUUUAUUUAAUAAAUAUAAAUCAGUAUUUUGUGAUAAAUUGAUGCCAGAUUAUGCAUAAUUGUAAUAGAAACGAUAAUGUUCUCACGGACAAAUAUUAUAGAUUUGAUUUGUUACCAACAUAGUGCUUCGUCACUGUGACAACUUGCCUAGUCAUACAUGCCUGUAUUUAUCGGUUUAUGUUGUUUUUAAAUAUAACGGUGUUGAUAAUUUAUAAUUUAAUUAAACUUUUCUCAAGC